UGCUGAACAAGAUGGCGGGACUUGGAGACUUAUUGGCUGCAUGUUUAAUCGAGAAAGAUGUUGAUUCUGACGUCCUUUGGACAUGGUCUUACCCCACUAUAACCGAAACGUUCCGGCAGGUCCUUUUGAGGAAAUGCUGUCUUAAAACCGACAAAGAGGAAGUCAUACCUUUUUGUUUUGGCCAGUUCAAUAAGCAGUGGUUCUAUAUUUACACGUCAGAAGUUAAGAACUCCGAUGCUCUAAGCAAGGUUACCCAUGUGGCACUGACACUGAUAGCAAAGGACUUUUGUCCUGAGAAAUACAAGAGUCUGUGCAAGAUCAUGUGCAACAAGUUCAUAAAAACUGGUGAUGCUAGUGCAAUGCUGGAGCCAUACCUGUCUGUUAUUACAAAGGGCUCUUGUCCUAAUGAUGACGAUGGUUUGUUAAUAGUCAAAGACUUUGAUCCUCGCUUGUCAUAUGUUGCCUCUCCCAUCUCAGAUGUUAUUAACAUAUUUGGGGUGGAGACAAUCCUAAUAUACACAGCCCUACUGCUAAAGAAGAAAGUUGUGGUAUACAGUCCCAAACUUGAAACUAUUUUAGAUAUUUGUAGGGCAUUACCUUUAUUAGUGUGGCACCGUCAGAACUGGAGCAUACUCCAUCCUUACGUUCAUCUUGAAGAUGAGGAACUUGAGAAACUAACAGCAAACAUAACUUAUGUGGCUGGCUUCACUGAUGCAUCUGUUGAAAGCAAAACUGACUUGUAUGACUUGUUUGUUAAUGUUGCUGCUGGAGAGAUAUCCAUUGCUCCUGAAGCACGAGAUACUUUUCAGAUGGGAAAAAUUCACAAGGACAUAGCAAUGUUUAUGGUAGAUGCUGCCAAAAACGAGGAGUACAGUGAUCAAAGGCUCGUCAAGGAAUUGUCCGUCAAGACGAAGGAUCUCAUAAACAAUCUAAAAAAGCUGGCUGUUGAAUUAGAGGAGGGUGGCAAGGCCAGGAUCACUUUGGAGGCAUUAAAACAGCGAAAACUAACACCAGUUGUAGAGAACUUUCUUUUCAACUUGGCCGCAGCUGAGGGCUUGGUUUGAUGCUUCACUUUUGUAUGGUUUGAAUUACGCCCCAAGAUCUGAAGACCUCUUCUCCUUGUUGACUGCAAAACAGCGAUGGCGGAUCUAGAGGAGGGGCCUGGGGGGUCAGCCCCCAUCUUUAUUUUGGUUUAAAAAAAAAAUCGUAGAAGGAAGAAAAGCCGGCAGGGAAAGCGACAAAAAAAACCGGUUCCCCCCCCCCCCCCCCCCCCCCCUUAGCUCAAGGUCUGGAUCCGCCACUGAACAUUUAAUACAUAUUACGUCCUCAGAUAAAUUUCUUCAUCUUCACCAAUUGUCCAGUUUUCAUUGUCAGAAAAGAUAUAUAUGAAUUGUUUUGAUAUAAAAUAUAUAGGAGUGAAUCUAUUCUAUUGGUGUAUAGUUGAUUUGGAAAUAAUUUUUCAGUUGAAGUCUUCGAUUUGAUUGCCCUAGGAAGUAUGGCAUUGUAUAUCUUCACUGCUGCAUUUUGGCAAGUUACCGAUCGUUAAGUACAGUGCUGAAGGUCGCUUUCAACUUGUGUGUAGUCAUUGUAUCAUAGUCAUGUUAUUCUUAGCAGUCCUUUUUGGGCACAUAGUUUUGAUGAAAUGAUGACGGCUCAUGUGCAGGUAUCUCUUAUAUUGUAAUGAUUUUUAUUAUAAACGAGAAAUAAUGAUUUUAGUAUAUACGUUUUCUCGAAGAUCACCAAAAUUAAAAAAUUAAACAGUAAUUAUUUUCAACAGAUCACAUACCUUUGUAGAAAAAAAGGUAACUUAUUUCGAAUACAAUACUGUCAUUUUAAACGCAAGUUCUGUUGUUCCAAAAGCAGUUCCAUGCAAGUCCGACGCGCAAGUCAGUCGCGCAAACUAUGCGUGCCGCGCCUCUCAAAUACUUAAGGUGCCACUGGGAUAUACUUUUUAUGUUUUCUAUCGGCUCGCGCGAUGGAAUCUGCUGGGGAACGGCGCUACUCGAAGCCAUGAACUCGUAGGGACCGUGUGAAUGCAAACUAAUUCCCGGCAGUUGUCGCCAGUAAUAUGUAAAGUGGAGUCACCUUGGCAGGAAAUUAAUAAAAGUAAACUUAAUUCGUAUGUUAGUUAUUAAACAUCACGCGGCAGAUUUUCAUCGUGACAUUCGGAUACAAAUAAUUACCUUUAAUCCGGGAAAAAAUAAAAGGAAAAUCUAGAUGUCGAACUCAUUCGAAA